UGGCUCAAUUAUAUUUUAUAUACGUCCGUAUAUGUACAAAUGUAAUGUACGUUUAUCUUCUACUACCACGUAAAGAGUCAACUAGCCUACGUACAAAAUCGAAAACCUUUAGUUCACGUUCUUUUGUCUCUGUGUAUUAACGUAUGUGUGUUUAUUAAAGUUUUUAUUGAUCCCAGUUUGUGUUAAUGCGUAACAAUUAUGUCUCGUAAAGAUUUGACGUCGGUUGAAAAAAUUUCCAUUUUGGACAAAAUUAAGGCUCAACCUCAUAGUCUUCGUGAGUUAGAGAAAUUAAUAGGCACGUUUAAAUCGGUACUAAACCGAUUGAAAAAUAAUGAAAAAACUAUUCGUGAACAAUGGGAAAAAUUAAACGACAGCAAUAGUGCACCUGCAAACAGAAAAAGAAAGCGGGAAAGCAAAGAUCCCGAAGUAGACAGAGCAAUGAACGAAUGGUUUUCUGCUGUUACAGAACGUGGUGUUCGUAUUUCGGGCCCCAUGUUACAGCAGAAAGCUGAAAUUUUUGUUGAAAAAAUUGGACAUGGUAAUUUUAAGGCCACAGAAGGUUGGAUGAGUCGUUGGAAGGAUCGGAAUAAUAUUAAAUUCAAGCGAUUUCACGGAGAAAAAUCAAGUGCUGAUUCAAACGGAGCUGAUGAAUGGUCUUUAGCUAAAUUACCGGAAAUUCUUAAAAAAAUUUGCUGAGAGAAGUCUGCAAAAUGAAGAAAGUGAUGAAAAUGACGACGUUCAACCCGUCAAAAUUACAACAAGAGAAGCAGAAAAGUGCAUUGAUCAGCUGAGACUAUUUUUCAUGCAAAAUGGAAACGAAAAUAUCCC